CUCUCUCACUCGCGCUCUCAUGGCGGUCGACGAAAUGCUCACCUCACUCUCCCUCAACGCCGCCGCUUCCCCCGCCGUAGAUUCGGCGCCUGUCACGAAAGCCGCGACGGAGGCCGGCGGCGUCGAAGUAAAGAAGGCGGCGAACCGCGGCCGAGGUCGGAGGGCGUCGAACGAGCCGCGGUUCCGCGGCGUGAGGAGGCGGCCGUGGGGCCGGUACGCGGCGGAGAUUCGCGAUCCGUUCUCCAAGUCGCGCAAGUGGCUCGGGACCUUCGACACCGCCGAGGAGGCGGCGCGUGCGUACGACGACGCCGCUAUCGAGUUCCGCGGCCUCAGGGCCAAGACGAACUUCGACGAUCCGCGGCCGCAGAAGCAGCAUAAGGCGGUGAUCGGAGGGAAAGAAGUCUUCUGGACCCCUCCUCCGGCGCGGAACGACGAGCUUGCUCCGGUGAGGUCGGAGUACAAGGGAUUUAAGCUGGAAAAUUUGCAAGAGAUGGUGAGUAAGGAGGAGAAGAAGAUGAAGAUGGCGGCGGAGAGCAGGAAUAAGAAGCCGUUCCUCUUCGAUCUGAAUCUUCCGGCGCAGCAGCUUUUGUGAGCUGGGGGCGCCGUCGGGAAUAGCCGCAGAGGUCGGUGCUAAUUCCAUAUAUGCCCCUCGCGAUUAGUUUAAAGACUUUUUUUAGUCUCUCUCUCUCCGUUUUUUACAUUCCCCAGUUACAGUGUGUAUACAGGUCGAGUUUUUUGUAAGAACAUAAAUGGAAAUAUGGAAUUAGCGGUUUAAGGCGGGCUUAGA